GAACAUUCUCGGCGCGAUUUUAACGUCAGAUUCAGGGCCUAAGUUUAAAUUUUGGUUUAUUCGAGUUGCUUGAAUUAUCUUUUAAUUUCGGUUUCAGUGUAAGAUGAAACAUCCAGCAUUUUGAAUUACUAAUUUUGUUUUUAUUCGUACUGUAUGUCUAAUUCUAAAUUAUUGGGUGUAAUUGUAUUUAUUUGUUAUUACUAUUAGUGUUAAUAUAUCAUUAUAUGAUUAAUUUAGCGAUGUACGCUUCGUCCUCACCUGGUAACCAUUGUCACUUUUGUAUUCAUUUUUAAUUGUAAUUCGUAGCAAUAAAAUUGUAACUAUUAAGUGAUUUAAAACACAUAAAUAUAAUAGUAACGGAACAAUAGCGUAGCAUUUUUAACAGUAUUAAUCAUUGUUAAUAACACCAAUAACGGUAACAGAACAAUAACUUGAAAGUUGAAUAACUCAAUAACUAACUGAAUUAGUGAAUAACGUGGCAUCUUUAAAAUUAAAGUUUAACAGUAUUACUGUUAGUUUUCUAUUAUUAUUAAUAUAACUUAUAAGUUAUGAGAUUACAAUUAUGUACAUUGUAAAUUGUACUAAUGAAGUAAAACUAAUAGUAAUACUAGACAAUUAGUAGUAAGUAGAACUAGGUGUAGGGUUACUAACUUAAUAUAUACUAAUAUUAGUAAUGAUGCUAUUAAACUUAAAAUAUUAUUAUUAAUACUAAUAGUAAUGUUAGGCUUAACUUAAUAGUUAAACUAUGCAGGAGAUAAGGUUUCAUAAACCAUUAAGGAUGGUUUUCUUCAUCAAUUUGUCACGGAACCUAGUGAUACUAUUACUAUGAAUAAAUGCUGUUUUCUUUUUUUAAGAUUUAUUGUUUAAUAUGUGGAGACUGGAGGACAUCUGGGUGUAGUGCAAAGUUGACAAUUUGUAUUGGCCCUUUAGUUACAAGUCACAACUACAUACAUCUUAUGGAAGUAAAGAACUAGGAAAUGUUGAUUGCACAAAGUCUCACAACUGAAAGUAAUCAAGGUGAAGUUGAGAAAUUAUUUUCCAAAGUCUUGACAGUUACUAUUAAGGAAGGAGGAGUCACACAAGGAAGAAAGUCUAGGCUACUUAUUUCUGUUGAAAGGUGCAUUAUUAGUAGUCCUCUUUCAAGAAAGGAACUAAGCAUUCGCCUUACUGAUGACUUUGAUCCUUUUUUCUUAUAUGUGCUCACUUUAACUGAAGAAGAUUUUCAUAGCCUGAAGUCCCAACAAGGCCUGCUAGUUGAUUUUGCAGCAUUUCCUCAGAAACUUAUUGAUCUUUUGGAACUGUGUGAACAAGAGGAACAUAAAGAUCUCCCAAAGUUUCUUUUAAGUCUUAAUCUUCAAGGAAGGACCGGUGUUGACCAUGCUAAUCUUGAUAUAAUUGAAACUAAUCCUUUCAAACACCUGACCCACCUGAACUUAAAACUUGCUCCAGCAUCAGAUGUGUUUGUUAAAAAGCACAUGGUCAGCUGCCUUAAGAAUCUAAAGGAUGACAAGGAACAGCUUGAAGCUCGUCUGUUUAAUACAGAGACAGAGUACCGGGAAAGAUUGCAACAAUGUCAGGAUUCUCUCACUGUUCGUACGAAAGAACUAGAACUGCUUAAAGAACAAACAAAAGCAGAAGUUACUGAGCUGAAGCUUAAACAUCAGGAAGAGUUUUGUGAUCAUCAGGAAAAUGUUCGAAAGAUCCAACGAGAGGCGGAUCAUCGGUGGGAAAAGGAGAAAAUACAUUUGGAAGAAAUGUACAAGAAACAGAAACAGCAGCUGGAGGCCAGAGUAUCUCUUCUAGAUUCCUUAAACAAGGAUCUUCAGGAAAAAUCGCAUAAAUCUGAUUCUACCAUUAGAGAAUUAAGAAGUCGUAUUUCUGCUCUCGAAGAAGAACUUCAACACUUCAGACACAAGGCUCAGAUGCUCACAAAAGAGAAUAACAAAAUAAACACUGACAACCAAGAUCUGGAAAAAACAGUUGGACAGUUGAAGACACGAGUGUCCAGUAUGGAAGAAGAUAUCAGAGAUAAAGAACAGUUACUGAGCCGUUCUCAGGAACAGCUACGUGUCGUUCAAGAAGAAAGGAGAGAAGUUGAGGAAACAGCAGAACAAAGGAGAAUCACAUUAAACAAACGAGAAUCUUCCCUAAAAAGUUUGUCUGAUGAAGUAAUGAAAGGAAAUGAAAUAAUUACAAAACUUCAGUCAGAAAUACGUAAUUACCAUGCAAAGCUAAAGCUGAGAAACAAGAUAACUGCUAAGCAAGAGGAGAUUCUUGGAGAUAAAGAGAACAAGCUUCAAACGUUGCAAGAAGAGGUCUCAACUUUAAAAUCUUCAGGAAAGGAGAAGGAUGAUGAGAACCACAGGUUACAGCAGGAGCUUGGUAAUGUUAAACAAAAACUAGAAGACUGUCAGAAACAAAUCAGAACCAAUGAAAAUGUUAUCAACUGGUUAAACAAACAAUUAAAUGAGUCCCAUAUUAAUCCCCAGAGGGCACCAACAGCACCAGCUCUGCCUUUCCAGCAGCAGCAGUAUUUAACAUCGACACCAAUGAUGCGUCCACCUGGUAUCCACACUACUGGUGUUCCGGCCUGUGGCAGGACUACAAGUGUUGGUACAGCAUCAGUACCACAGCAUUUGCAGUAUAAUCCUGGUGGACUGGGGCAAGAUAAGAUCAGUGUAGCUUCUUCACAGUGUGGACCUGCCUUCAAUUCUGGAAAUGGCCCGAUUGACCCACGGUACUUCCAGAAGCAGAGUGACCAUGCUCUAGCAAGAACGACGGUGUCCACUACUACAUCAAGUGCUUUAACCAGAUGUGCCUCUAACCAGGGUGUAGGAAUUCAGUUUAAAUCAACUGGAAGGAGUCAGUCAGCUCACAAUAGACUAGGAACUCUCCAACCUAACCUAAAUCAAAAUCCUUCCCGUCCAACUACAACCAGUGCCAGUAAUACCCAACCAUCCAAAUCGGGAGUAUUACAGCCUAAUCAAAAUCAAGUUACUUUACGUUCUGAGGUACCAAAGUCUACAAGGAUCCAACCACCUUUAAUGUCAGCCUACUUUAAUGAAAUGCCUGCUUCUAAUUGAUAACAGAAUUUUUUACUUUGAAACUGUGUUCUGAUAGUUUAGGUGGAUUACAUGUACAGUACUAUGGAAUAAGCAAAUUAUUUAUAAUCAAAAUAGUCACAAUUCAGUGAUAAUAUGGAUAGCUGAUUUUUAUAAAACAUAAAGCCAAGUAUAGCUGAAUUUUACUCUAUUUUGUAAUAAUUGAAUAAAUGUUUUGUUUA